AUGCGUUUCCUCCCAAUUCUCGCCUGUGUUCUUGCUCCGCUUGCUGCGGCCCUUGAGAUUACUCACCCCGAGGGAAAGAGCCAUAUCAUGGCCGGAGAGGAUCUGAAAGUAACAUGGACAUUUGUCGACACCGAUCCGCACUUUUUGAGCUUGUAUCUUGUCAACUUUGUCGAGUACCCGCCAACGUAUGUUCCUUUGGCUAUCGAUGUCAAAACCCACAAGGCACACCAUGAAGUUCAUAUUCCCUGUGAUACCCAUCCGGCACAUGGGUACCAGAUUAACGCCAUCAACGGAACCAAUGUCUACGUGAUCUACGCUCAAAGCGAGCAUUUCAAAAUCAAGAAACACCACGGAAAAGAGGAAUGCGGCCAUGAUGAUAAACGCGACGACGCCUAUCCAUCGCCGGUAACUAGCACAGUUUACGUUACGUCGCUUAUGCCGUGCUUAUCGGCGUCUCCCUUCAGCCCAUCCCCUUCAUAA